ACUAAGGAAACAAAUAAUUUCUUCCUAAUUUUGGAAGAUUUAAUGGUUAUAUCUCAUUUCAUUUCGCGAUUCUCCCAUUCUCUUCUUCUUCUUCAGAUUACUCUGCAAAUCUCCUAAUUGAAGAGUUGGGAGAGAAGGGCUGAAAGGGGAGGAGAGGAGAAAGCCACUAAUGGCGGAUUCAUCGCAUACAACUGCCAGUUUCUUGGCUCAGACCAACGCUUUGUUCAGGAAGAACCUCAUUUUCCAGAGAAGAAAUAUGAAGGCAAGUAUUAGGCUCGUUUUAUUCCCAAUGUUUCUCUGUUUGGUGCUUUUCUUGGUCCAAAAGGUGGUUAACAAUGAAUUGGAUAAGGAUCCUCAGUUAAGGUGUGGCUGCUCCUGCAUUGGCAAAAAUGCAGAUGGUUCAUGUAAAAAAACUGUAUGUGGUAUUGAGUACUCGGAAUUGGGACAAGCAGUGUAUUGUCCCAUUCAUAGGCCUCAGGAAUGGCCAGCUUUAUUGCAAGUGCCAGAUUCAGCAAGUCGUUUUCCAGAUGAGCCCUGCCAACGGAAUGACUCCUGCCCAGCUUCUAUACUUUUUACUGGGGGAAACAGAUCUCUUGGAGAAAGCGUAGCAAGAAAUUUUUUCACGGGUACUUUCACUCCAAAUUCUUCAGAUAUGUUGCAGAGCUUAGCCAAUAUUGUGCUGGGUUCAUCCUCAGAACCUGCUAAUAACAAUUUUUUGGAGCCAGCUUUCAGUUCUGAAAUUCCAGUUUAUAUCCUUCAAUCUCAGUGUGUGCCAAAUUUUACACUUUCCUUUCCCAUCCAGAUAGCUUCCCGCACAAUGCAGAAAGAGGUGAGAUGUGUGCAAGGUUUAAAUUUAUGGUGCAACAGUUCUUCAGAGAUAAAUGAUGAUCAAUUUAAUGGAUCCACAGAAGGGAAGUCUAAUGAGAUUGUUGCAGCUUAUGAUUUCUUGAAUUCAAAUGAGAAUAAUUUCAAUGUGAGGGUAUGGUACAAACGGAGGGAUGAUCAUAGUAUUUUUCAAAACAGUCCUCCUGAAUUGGUCCGGGUUCCACGAUCAGUGAAUGUGGCCUCCAAUGCCUACCUUCAGUUCUUAAAGGGUGCUGGCACGAAAAUGCUAUUAGAAUUUGUCAAAGAGAUGCCAAAAACUGAAACAAGACUCAGUUUGGAUCUCUCUUCUCUUCUUGGUGGACUCUUCUUUUCAUGGGUUAUUUUGCAACUUUUCCCUGUAAGUAUACGCAUGGUGUCUACAUCCAUAAAAAAAUUGCCUGAACUGAACUCUGGAAAAAGUUGAGGCUUGUACGCUUUUGUAAUAGUUUGUUGUAAACAUUGUUGUAGAUUCUAACUAUUUAUAUUAACUUCUUACUUGCUAGCCAAAUUCUGCUACUGAUUUAACAAUCUUAGCCAAUUUCAUGUAUGGGUAACUUACAAUAACAUAUUUUCUUUAGGAUUCUGAAACAGAAAAUGGGCAUAAUCUUGCUUAUGAGUAUUUUUCCCCUA